GCAAACCAGUCAGUGAGUGAGAUGCGUCGUGUGUAUGCGUCAGGCCGCCUACACUCCAGUUGCAAAUUGAAUCUUUUGUUGCGAAAUUUUUCUGUUGCAACAGGAAGAUGGAUGUGGUGGGGUGACGUUCCGGUUGGACCGCCAGAUGCGAUAUUGGGCAUCACGGAAGCUUUUAAUAAAGAUGAAAAAGCGAAUAAAAUUAAUCUUGGUGUGGGAGCGUACAGAGACGAUGAUGGCAAGCCCUAUGUGUUGCCUGUCGUACGGAAAGUUGAGGAGAGGCUAAUGGAGAGACGGUUGAACAAGGAGUACAUCGGGAUUAGCGGAAUACCAGACUUUACACGAGCAUCGGCCAGACUCGCUUUGGGCAAAGAAAAUGAGCAAAUCUCUAAUGGGCUGACAGUAACUGUUCAGACUCUCUCUGGCACCGGGGCAUUACGUGUCGGAGCGGCAUUUAUCAAGCGAUUUUUUCCAUUUAACAAAGUUGUUUACUUGCCAUCUCCGUCUUGGGGUAACCAUUUGCCCAUAUUCAGAGAUUCCGGUCUAGAAGUCAAAACGUAUCGAUACUAUGAUGCAGACACGUGUGGGUUUGACUUUUCGGGCAUGAUGAAGGAUUUAGAAAACAUUCCUGAGAAGUCGGUUGUUUUACUUCAUGCUUGUGCUCACAAUCCAACUGGUGUUGAUCCAAAACAAGAUCAGUGGCAAGAGAUGUCACACCUGAUGAAGUCUCGAAAGUUACUGCCAUUUUUUGAUAUGGCCUACCAGGGCUUUGCUUCUGGUUGUGUAGAUCGAGAUGCCUUCGCAGUUCAUCAGUUUGUUAGAGACGGACAUGAAAUUUUGCUGGCACAAUCGUUUGCGAAGAACAUGGGUCUUUAUGGUGAACGUGUGGGCCAUCUCACGCUCGUUUGUGAGUCGUCUGAUCAAGUGAAGGCCGUCGAGUCACAACUGAAGAUUAUCAUUCGACCGAUGUACUCGAGCCCUCCAAAACAUGGUGCACUCAUUGCUUCAGAGAUUCUCAACACAUCUGAGCUGUACGACCAAUGGCUUCUUGAGUUAAAAGGCCUUGCUGAGCGGAUUAUUAACAUGAGGCACAAAUUAAUGGAGAAUCUAGAAAAUGAAGGAUCGACACGAAGUUGGAUGCAUGUGAAAGACCAGAUUGGAAUGUUUUGCUACACAGGUCUUGAUCAGAAUCAGUGUGAACGGCUUGUACGCGAAUUUUCUGUCUAUUUGACCAAAGAUGGCAGGAUAUCAAUGGCUGGUGUUACAACCAAGAAUGUUGGCGAUCUGGCUCAUGCGAUUCAUACGGUUACAAAAUGAUGUAAGCAAGUCCAAGUCCAAGUAAUGAUAUACUAAUCACUGUAGUCUGUACAUGUAAUUAAUGAUGUGGCAUUAUGGAAAUAUUUUUCUUGAAAGUGAACGAAUGUGGAAUUUCGUUUCUUUAAUCUGACUAUUACUUGAGCACGUGAAACUAUUGAGAAGGCGUGUUUUCUUGAGGCAGGGUGAGUGGCUAGUACGUGUCGUACAAGUACAAUAGUUGUUGAUAAUAAUGCAGGCAUGCUUUUGUCACAAAAUGCGCUGUGUACAUGUAUACAGCUUACUGCUGUUGUAUAGUAUUGCUGGGGUGGAUCUAGAGGGGUUAUGCAACCGUGCAAACACACACACACACACACACAC